GCUAAAUAAUACAUUUCCAUGGCUUGCAAGCAUUGUAUGGGAAGACCAUUCUCAAAAUAGACUUCCAUUUAAUCCUUACUGGGCCUUAGAUAUGUAUGCAGAAGCUGAUAAAGGAUUUUCUAGUUUAUAUUCACUUAAAAAUAAAGCACCAAUUAAGACCUUCCUACAAUCUGUAGAAAAAAAUGAGUCAAUAGGACAUAGAAUUGCAUUUGGUGGUGUAGUUGUACAACGUAUACAUUUAGUUCAUGCAUCAGAUGAAUGGACUCUUGAUUAUGAUAAUGCCAGUGAAGAUCUUAAAACUGAAAUUAAUGGAAUGAUGAUGCUUACACCACUUUAUAGACAAAUAAUUGACAAUAUUAUACAAAAUAAACAGCCAUUACUUCAACUAAACAUUAGGACAACAAAUGAAACUUUGUUGAUUAAAUCUGUAAUUGGACAUAUUGUAAUCUUACAUUCAUCAAUUCCUGCAGACUCAUCACCAUUAACUGUUUAUCUAAAUAAUAUACAAAAUUGUCAUAUGUAUUAUAUUUUAACAGUACAAACUGAACAAUUAAAAUUAACAAGAUAUUUAUGUCAGUGUGGUUAUAAAUAUUUUAUAGUAAACUGUGGUCAAGCAAUAGAAGCAAAUAAAUGUCCACAGUGUAAAAGCAAUACAAUUGAAGGUGCAAGUCAAAAUGUAACAGUUAUGGAUGAAUCUAAUAAUGUUGACUAUUCAGUUCGUACUAUGCCACCAAAUGCGUAUCGCAUCUUACAUUUAAUUGUUCAUGCAUUGAUUGGUUCUUCAAAUAGUGCUAAAGAUUUCUUAAAACAAAUUGCCAGUAAUAUUGAAGAAUAUUGCUUUAGACAUAUACAGAAUGACUGGAAAGUACUUAAAAAUAUUUUCAAUUGCAAUGAUGAAAAUUUAGCAUUGCUAUUACAUUCAAUUCUAACAGAAAUGUCAAAAAAACUUUUUACUGGUGGUCCAUUAAUAAUUACAACCCCUGCUCAACAGGAUGAAUGGGAAUUACAAUUUACUAAAGAUUAUGUUGAGCCACAAACAAAAAGCUUUAAUGAAUCUGUUACAAAUUUCCAUAGAAAAUUAGAUGCAGGAUUAAAAAGAGCUAAUGGAAAUGCUAAUAUAAUUGAAUCGGAAAUUAAUCAGACUAUAGAUAUGGAUAAUAACUAUAAAGUUGAAUAUUUACCAAAUCUUUGGAGAACAAUAGGAACAAUAAGCUUUGAAAGUUUUAGAGCAUAUUACCUUGCUGAUCAAAUCAAUAACAAUAAAACAUAUCCAUUUCUUUCAAUAUUUUUUAAACACUCUGAAAAAUUAUCACAGGUUAAACAUCUUUUUCCCAUUAUUAAAUUUGCUGAGAUAUUGGCAUCAAGACUUGUGUAUAGAAUCAAUAGAAAAGAUACUCAUAAUAAAUCAUUCCAAGAAUUUAUAAAUGAUGAAUCAAAUGGAGGAAUAGUUAAAGAGACACAUGAAACAUUAGCUAAGGCAUUUGGUGAAUUUUCAGAAGCAUUCAAAGUUAGAGAUAAAACUGGUAAAACAUAUGUGAUCAAAAAGGCUAAAAGACCAUUUAAAAAUCUUUGUGAUAGACAAGAUAAACUUGAAGAAGUUGAAAUUUUAUGGAAAUUGGGAAAACAUUCAAAUUGUCUAGAAUUAAUCUCUGCCUGGGAACAAGAAGGUUAUUUAUACCUUCAGACUGAAUAUUGUGAACAUGGCACUAAUAUAAUACAUAAUGAUCUCAAACCUGGAAAUGUCUUCAUUACAAAAUAUGAUAGACUCAAGAUUGGAGAUUUUGGACUUGCAACACAUUGGCCAGUUCGUAUGGGAUUUGAUAAAGAAGGAGACCGUGUCUAUUUGGCUGGUGAAAUUUUAUCCGAGUCCAGAAACGAUAAGCCGGCUGAUAUUUUUAGUUUUGGCUUGAUAAUCCUAGAAUUGAUUCAAGAAUCACCGUCUAAAAUUGGAAUGUACUGUUCAUCAUGUGAAUACAAAUCUGCAACUUAUGAUAAAAUAAUGGAUAUUGAAUGUGAAGUUCAUGUGUCAAUGUUUGGGAAAGUAAACACUGUAUUAUAA